UUCUCUCCCACUUGCUCUCUCUGUCUCUCUUGAAAUAAAUAAACUUAAAAAAAAACCCACAAAAACAGAUCCAAGGAGUAAUAGAAAGAGUCCUGAAUCCAUCAGCUGGAGCUUGAGAUAAACCCAGUAAUAAUCAACUGUUUCACUUAUCUUUGUGAGCUGCUAAGAAGUGGGAGAAAGUCUGGCAAUGUUAGGAGAAACAUUACAUAAUGGCAGAGAAGGGCUGUGUUUGUGCCUGUUUGUUGUUUUUAUAUUUGAUACAAUUUUAAAGAUUAGUGCAAUGGGACUGGCAUCAUCUAGUACUGGGAGUUGGAAGCUCAGGGUGUAGAGACCAGGGGUGGAUCCCGACUGAGCAAUUCUAAUGCAGGUUUUGUUAACGUGACCAUGUGGCUGGAUGGAGCUUAGAUUGAUGUGUCCAAACCCAGAACUUCUAGGUUUCUGAGCUCUGCCUCUCUUCUCUGCAUCUGAGUCCAGCCCCAUGAGAGGAGCAAACCAGUCGAGUGUCUCCGAGUUCCUCCUCCUCGGGCUCUCCAGGCAGCCCCAGCAGCAGCAGGCCCUCUUUGCGCUCUUCCUGAGCAUGUACCUGGCCACGGUCCUGGGAAACCUGCUCAUCCUCCUGGCCAUCAGCGUGGACCCCCGCCUGCACAUCCCCAUGUACUUCCUCCUCAGCCACCUGUCCUUUGUGGACAUCUGCUUCUCCACGACCACCGUCCCCAAGAUGCUGGCCAACCACAUCCUUGGGACUCAGGCCAUCUCUUUCUCUGGGUGUCUCACACAGAUGUAUUUUGUGUUCAUGUUCGUGGACAUGGACAAUUUCCUCCUGGCUGUGAUGGCCUAUGACCGCUUUGUUGCCAUAUGCCACCCCUUACACUACUCGACAAAGAUGACCCACCAGCUCUGUGCCCUGCUGGUUGCUGGGUCAUGGGUCAUUGCCAACCUGGAUGUCCUACUGCAUACCCUGCUGAUGGCUCGACUGUCGUUCUGUGCAGACAAUGCCAUCCCCCACUUCUUCUGUGAUGUGACUCCCCUCCUGAAACUGUCCUGCUCUGACACCCAUCUCAAUGAGAUGAUGGUUCUUAUCGAAGCAGGGUUGAUCAUGAUCUCUCCAUUUAUUUGCAUCCUGGCUUCGUAUGUCCAUAUUACCUGCGCUGUCCUGAGAGUCCCAUCCACGAAGGGAAGAUGGAAAGCCUUCUCCACCUGUGGCUCGCACCUGGCCGUGGUUUCCCUCUUCUAUGGCACCAUCAUUGCUGUGUAUUUCAACCCUUUAGCCUCACACUCAGCUGAGGCAGAUAUAGCAUCUGCUGUGAUGUUCACGGUGGUGACUCCCAUGCUGAACCCCUUCAUCUACAGCCUGAGGAACAAGGACAUAAAAGGGGCUCUUGGAAAAGUGGUUGCUCUGAAUAUUUUUCUACCUGGUAAUCAAAUGGGCUAAGAAAAUCAGGCAGGGAACUAGUUUCUAAGAAGACCAUAUUUGCCUUUUCUAUUGUGCAAAGCUCAGCAUUUGUCAUGUGUGAGAGAAUCAUCUAGUGUCUCUCUUGGGAGACCAGAUUUGAUACAGCCUCUUCAGCUAAAGAUGGAAAGCAAGAUCCUUUUACCAAAUAACUUACUCCACCUGUUAGUGCCCUGCAGCCAAAACCCACUAGCGACAUAUGUCUUGUUGAAUGAGUGUGGUUUAUUAGGCUCAGAGGGGAGAAUACAUACCAUCGGGAGUUGUGAGGCAUCUGAGCAGGAAGGUGUUAGACAGGAUUUACAAAAGGCUUGUUGUCUGAGGUGAAUUUAGUGAGGAUUUGAGGAAAUGGGUCUGUGCUCUGGAUUUCACACUGUCACAUAGUAGGGAUGAUUCUGAUGGAGUAUCUUAAAAUAUUUUAUCUAGGAGGGAAGACUAGACUAAGGCAAGACUGAUUGGCAGAGAAGUAGCAUUAAUUCGUAUCAGCCAACAUAGGGGGAGUUUGAUCAUUUUUGUGGCUUGGACAGUGUUCAGACAUGAUUACAGAGUGGUCUCUCUUUGUCUUGCUCCAUGAUGGUCACAGAGCGGCCCUGUGUGGUACUGUGGUUGUGUUCAUCCUGAGAACAUGGCAUCUAUCUGUAAGUGCCAGGCCAUCUCCUGGGUGUCAGGAUUGGUUUGUCUUUCUCACAACAGAGACGCAGAGAUAAGAGUACAUCUUAUGGGAAGCUCAGACCGGUGGGGGUAGGAAAGGGAAGGGUUCAUUUAGGGCUCCAAGAAGCCCUAAUUCUGCCACGAAUUCAAGCUAAUUAUUAUUUUCUUAUCUGAGCUUUCUGGGUCACACAGCAUUACAGCAGGAAUAAGUGUGAGAUACACAAGAAUACCUUCGAAAAUCUCCACUGUGUCAAUGAACUGCAUCUUUUUUUCCACACUGCCUUCAGUUUAUGUCAAUGCGCUGAGAUAUUUUACAUAGUUACUAAUUUGUAUCCUGAUUUCCCACUAUAAUUUUAUAAUAAAGCUUUUCGAAAUUGC